AUGGGAAACAUUGUGGGAUACCGUUCCGUGGUCUACUUCGUUAACUGGGGUAUCUAUGGACGAGCAUUAAACCCAGCUGAUCUCCCAAUCGACAAGUUGACGCAUGUUCUUUAUGCUUUUGCCAACGUCCGUCCAGAGACUGGAGAAGUCUAUCUUUCCGAUACCUAUGCCGAUAUAGAGAAGCACUACCCCGGAGACUCAUGGAGCGAACCGGGAACCAACGUCUACGGAUGCGCCAAACAGCUGUUCCUCCUGAAGAAGCAGAACCGUAACCUCAAGGUUCUUCUUUCCAUUGGUGGAUGGACAUAUUCCGCCAACUUCCCUAAGGCUGCUAGCACCGACGCUGGAAGAAAGAAGUUUGCUGAAUCCGCUACCAAGAUUCUUCUUGACUUGGGCUUUGACGAUGAGACUGAGGCCAAUAACCUGGUCUUGCUCCUGAAGGCUUGCAGAGAGACUCUUAAUGCCGCUCAGAAGAAUCGCAAGUUCCUUCUCACUGCUGCUGUCCCAUGCGGCCCCGUCAACUAUGAGAAGCUUAAGCUCAAGGAAAUGAGCGCUCAGCUCGACUUCUUCAACCUCAUGGCCUACGACUUCGCCGGUGCCUGGGAUAAGAACGCUGGACACCAGGCUAACUUGAGACCAUCCAAGUCGAACCCCUCCAGCACCCCAUUCUCUACUAGUGCUGCAGUUGACUACUACACCAAUAACGGUGGCGUGCCCAAGAGCCAGAUUGUUCUUGGAAUGCCCUUGUACGGACGUGCUUUCACCAACACCGAUGGCCCCGGCAAGCCAUUCCAGGGAGUUGGCCAGGGAAGCUGGGAAAACGGUAUCUGGGACUACAAGGUCCUGCCCAAGGAUGGAGCCCAGGAGAAGAAAGAUGACGAAUGCGGUGCCUCUUACAGCUACGACCAGGCCAGUCGUACCAUGAUUUCCUACGACACCAUCCCCAUGGUCCAAGAUAAGACCAAGUGGGUUAUCGACAACGGUCUUGGAGGCGGAAUGUGGUGGGAAGCCAGUGGUGAUAGAGGUGGUAAGAAUGCCACCAAGGAUGGCGGAAGCUUGAUCGCUACCUUCGUCGAGGGUGUCACUGCCAAUGGCCAGAAGGGUUUGGAGAAGUCCCAGAACUCCAUCGAAUACCCCGAGAGUCAAUACGAGAACUUGAAGAAAGGCUUUCCCUGA